CUCUCCUUCUCUCUGUUUCUCUCUCUUGCUGAUUGUGAUCUGUAUUUUGCUGAGGAUGAAGAGCUGGAGAAGAAACAGGCUUGACCGUAGUCUUCUCAAGUGGAAUAAAAUGCUGCUAAUCUCUUGCAUAACUGCGUUAUGCAUUGAUCCUCUCGUCUGCUACAUUUCCGUUGUCGACGCCGACAGAUUGUGCCUCGAUGUGGAUAAUCGAUUAGCCGUCGCCUUCGGUUUUCUUCGCACACUCGUCGACUUCUUCUACGUCGUGCACAUUUUCAUGCAGUUCGUAUUUGCUGCAGCUGAUGAAGCUCUUGUUAGGGAUUUCAGAUCUAUUAAUGUCAAACGCAACCAGCGCUGCUACUUCAUUAUGGAUGUUGUAUCCAUUCUUCCUUUGCCACAGGCUAAAAUCGUGAUCGUGCUCCACAGUGAAAUAAGUCCGUUAAGGCUACGGACGUUGAUGAUCCUUACUAUGUUCCAAAACCUUCUAAGAAUAUGGCGUAUGGUCCCUCUGUAUAAGAAGUUGACUGCAACGUCUAGCAUAUUUGUAUCGAGGGCGUGGAUUGGAGCUGCAUCAGACAUAAUCUCCUGCAUCCUCGCCUCUCAUAUGUUUGGAUCCUUCUGGUACCUGAUGUCCGUUGAGCGAACAGAGGAAUGCUGGCGUAUGGCGUGCAGGAUUAAUCCGCAGCAGUGCAACCCCGAUGCUCUGUAUUGCGGACGAGGGCGGCAGCAAUCGGACGUUUAUAACUCCUUUCUCGUCUCGUCUUGCUCGCCUCACGAGCCCAGUAAAUCAGAUUUUGGCUAUGGCAUUUUUGCUCAUGCGGUUAGCAUUCAACUUUACCAAGACUUCUACAGAAGAUUCUUCCAUUGCUUCGUUUGGGGGCUUAGGAAUUUGAGCUCCUUGGGACAAAACCUCGAAACGAGCAGCGGCGUGGCGGAGAAUCUCUUCGUAGUUACCAUCUCUAUCAGCGGCUUGAUUCUGUUUUCCUUUCUUGCCGGCAACAUACAGAGGUAUUUGCACUCUGUGACUGUCAGGGAAGACGAGAUGUCGGUGAAAAUAUACGAGCAAGAGCAAUGGAUGUCGCGCUGCAUGCUCCCUCCGGCUCUGAGGGCGCGUGUAAGGCAGCACGAGCGAUUCAAAUGGCUAAAGAAUCGAGGGGUCGAUGAACAAUCUUUCAUCCGCGGUUUCCCAAAGGACUUGAAAAGGGACAUCAAGCGCCAUCAAUGCCUCAGUUUCCUCACCAGAGUGCCAAUGUUUGCAAAGUUGGACGAAACGCAGUUGGAUGCGUUGUGCUGUCGCCUGAAGCCCGUGCUCUACGCUGCAGGCAGCCAUGUUUUUCGCGAGGGGAAUCCUGUUGAUGAAUUGCUCUUCAUAGAGAAGGGGUUUUUGACAAUGGCUUCAAAUUCUGUUGGAACAAUUGUUGUCAAGGCCGGCGAGUUGUGCGGGGAGGAGCUGCUGGCGUGGGCUCUCGACCCCAACUCCUCCUCGUCCAGCCUUCCCAUCUCCACAACGACACUGCAAGCCAUCAAUGAUGUGGAGGCCUAUUGCCUAAUGCCGGAUGAUUUGAAAUGCGUUUUAUCCCAAUUCAGAAGAGAAGAGCAGCUGCAUCACAUCAUUAGGCAGGUUCAUUUGAAAAAGAUAAUAGUAGAUUUCAUUAGUAGCCAAGAAAAAUUGAUUAUAUGUAAUGUUAUGAUACAAUUUCAGAUACAGUUCCCAGCAGUGGAGGUCAUGGGGUGCCUGCAUCAUACAAGCAGCGUGGCGACGCUACUACUGGAGGAAGAUGAAGAGCUCCCUCAAACAAGCAGAAGCUCAAAUGCAAGCUGUUUCCUUUCCCAGAUUACUGCCUCAGAAAUUUCCUUUCAGAUGUGUAUGAAAUAAGGCUUGAAAGGGGUAUCACAUUAUAUGAAACUCAAGAAGAUAGUGCAUUUUCUCACAACAUAUUGCUUUUAGUUUACUAUGUUGUGGAAUGUGGUUGUUGGAGGAUAAAUAUGCCUUACUACUUCUCUUACACUCAUUUUCCAUCCAAUUUUAUUGAAUAAAUGUGUAGCUUCAAGGAGGCUCAUAAGCUCAUAUUGUUGCCUUAAAUGAAAAA